AUUAAAUCGUAAUCAGCUGACCCUCUCUUCCAAGCAUCAAAUGCGUAUUUAUAAAUAUCGCAUCUGUCGGAGAGUUGUACUUCAAUUUAAUUGUUCGACAAAUAAGCGAUAAAAUGGUGGACAUUAAGAACAAUGUCAAUUUUGCGUGCCAGCGGUGUUUGCAGCCUCUUCGAUUGGAUCCAAGCUUCAAUCAUCUUGGAGAACACACGUUAGCUGAACUCUCACUACCGAUACAACAACAAAUUGUGGGAGAUUUAGAACCUCACAGUGGCAGCUUAGAACAAUUAGUGCCACCAUUCAGAUUAACAGAAUCAGCAAAUGGUACCAAUGGAUUUAUGCUUGUGGGUGAUUCUGGAGAAACUGAAAGUGUUAGUCAUCUCUUAAGGGUACGAGCAACAUUAUUUGAUAUACUGAGCAGUAGUAGCUCAGCAGAUCACCCAUUAUGCGACGAAUGUACAGACAGUCUACUAAUGCUAAUGGAUCAACAAUUAAGAAUGACAGAAGGAGAGUGGUCAGACUAUAACGAAUAUUUAAAACGGCUAGAAAUCGAACAACAAGACCAUCGUCACGAAGAUGUCGAGAUGGAAGCGUUAACAAAGGAAUUACAGGAUGUUAAGGCUGAGGAGGAAAGAAUGAUUAGCGAGUUGGAAGCGCUAAGAAAAGAGGAGACAGCAACCAGAAAUGCAAUAGCUCAGCAGGAAAGGGAACGGGAAAGACUACAAAGUGAAGAGGAGCGAUAUUGGAGAGAGUAUUCUAGACACAGAAGGGAUCUCAUACUAGCAGAAGACGAGUGUCGAAGCCUAGAAUGUCAAUUGGCUUACGCUGCUUCACAACUCGAAAGACUAAAAAAAACAAACGUUUUCAAUGCUACUUUUCACAUUUGGCAUUCCGGCCAUUUUGGAACAAUAAAUUCGUUUCGAUUAGGCCGACUACCGAGUGCGCCUGUGGAUUGGAGUGAAAUAAAUGCGGCAUGGGGUCAAACGACACUUUUAUUAACGGCACUUGCACGAAAAAUGAACCUCACAUUUCAACGUUUCCGAUUAGUGCCAUUCGGUAAUCACAGUUAUAUUGAGGUUUUAGAUCAACAUAGAGAAUUACCACUUUAUGGAAGUGGAGGAUUCAAGUUUCUGUGGGAUACAAAAUUUGACGCUGCAAUGGUCGCCUUUCUUGAUUGUUUGCAACAGUUCAAGGAACAGGUGGAAAAAGGCGACAGCGGAUUCUGCUUCCCUUACAGAAUGGAUAGGGGGAAAAUUGAAGACUCGGCAACAGGGAAUUCCUACUCUAUAAAAAUUCAAUUCAAUUCAGAGGAACAAUGGACCAAGGCCUUGAAGUUUUUGUUGACAAAUUUAAAGUGGGGUCUUGCCUGGGUCAGCUCACAGUUUACGAAAGAUGAGGCUGAACAUUAAACGUCUUGUUCACCCAAUUGAAAUUACACUACACAGCUAUCUCACUCAUUGUGUAUAUACACACUAUUUGUAAAUAAACUUGAAGAUACAAUAACACUUUUUUUUAAAUUUGGGCUA